GCAUGAUGGGCAAAGUGGUGAUUGCAGAUGAUGUUAAAUUGGACUACACGGAGGCCUUGACAAAGAGCAUUUUAUUUUUUGAAGGUCAAAGGUCGGGAAAAUUACCAAAUAACCAGAGAUUGACAUGGCGAAAAGACUCGGGUCUCCGUGACGGCUUUGACCAGGGUGUGGAUUUGGUAGGAGGAUACUAUGAUGCAGGAGACAACAUCAAGUUUAGUUUUCCAAUGGCAUUCACAACAACAGUUCUAGCCUGGAGCGUAAUAGAAUUCGGCAAUUCCAUGGAUAGUGAUCUAAACCAUGCACUUGAAGCAAUCCGUUGGUCAACAGAUUACUUGAUCAAAUGCACCAACACUCCUGGUGUUGUUUAUGCACAACUUGGUGAUGCCGUUGUUGACCAUGAUAACUGGGAAAGGCCAGAGGACAUGGACACUCCCCGAACUGCAUUUGCAGUCAGUGCGCAGUCUCCUGGCUCUGAAGUUUCCGCGGAGAUUGCCGCUGCUUUGUCAGCUUCCUCUAUUGUGUUUAGGCGUUCUGAUCGCAAAUACUCUGAUUUUCUUCUUCGUAGAGCCAUUCAGGUUUUCGACUUUGCAGAUAAGUAUCAGGGUUCGUAUAAUGAUAGCAUUGGGCGUUGGGUUUGUCCACAUUACUGUGAUUUUAGUGGUUACCAGGAUGAAUUGGUGUGGGGAGCAGCAUGGCUUCAUAAAGCAACAAAUAAGACAUCUUACUGGAAGUAUGUCAUGGAGAACAUACACAAGGUAGAAAGUCCUCAAAAUGAAGGCAGCUUGUAUGAAUUUGGGUGGGACACCAAGAACGCAGGCAUCAAUGUACUUGUUUCCAAGAGUGUAUGUUGUAAACAGUACAUAUUAAACAACAAGCAACAUUCAAGUCCAUUUCUUCACUGGGCAGAUAAGUUUGCAUGUAGUUUACUACCGGAAUCAUUAAACCCGAGUGUUGAAUUUACUCCAGGUGGAUUAAUGUACAAGCCAGGCAUGGUAAACUCGCAACGUGUAACAGCUUUAUCUUUUCUUCUUGUUGUAUAUGCUCGCUAUCUUAAGCAAUCAGAUCGAGUGAUCGCUUGUGACAGAUUUGUGGCAACUCCUUAUAGGCUUACUUAUUUCGCAAGAACACAGGUGGAUUAUAUAUUGGGAAAAAAUCCAAUGAACAUGUCAUACAUGGUGGGAUAUGGAGAAAAAUUUCCAGAAAGAAUACAUCACAGGGCAUCAUCAUUGCCAUCCAUUGAUCAAGAGCCACACCUCGGACAUGGAUGGGAUUAUUUUUGGAGUAACAAUACUAAUUAUAACUUGCUAAUCGGAGCUAUAGUAGGAGGUCCGGAUAUCAACGAUCAGUAUAACGAUACUCGACAUGAUGCCGGUCACUCUGAACCGGCAACUUAUGUAAAUGCACCUCUGGUAGGUCUAUUAUCCUAUUUCAAGGCAAAUUAUGGUUCUUAGAUAUUAUCUUUAGAGCCUGUGUAAAAACUUUAUACAAUCUAUACCAAAGAUUAUUGUUAAAUGGAGUUCUC